CUCAAAUCGAAGCUGCUUUGUUUUCAUCUAGAUAGGGAGUCCUUUUGCUUGAACAUGGCUUUUUACAAAGCAGAGUCUAUGCAAUUUUCUGGUGGAUCUGGUCAGUGUGGUGUAGGUGGUAUGCAAGGUGGUUAUGGCCAAGUAGGUGGUGGUUAUGGCCAAGCUGGCUAUGGUCAAGGCUGUGGCCAAGGUUUUGAGCAAAAAGUUGGUUUUGCUUAUGAUGCUGCUCAAUGUCAAGGCUUUGGUGGUGGUGCAGUCGGGGGAGGCUUUGGUGGUGGUGCUGCUGGAGGAGGCUAUGGUGGUGGUGCUGCUGGAGGAAGCUAUGGUGGUGGUGCUGCUGGAGGAGGCUAUGGUGGUGGUGCUGCUGGAGGAGGCUAUGGUGGCGCUGAUGCAGGCUAUGGAGGCGGUGAAAUGUUUUUUAGCGGCAAUGAGAAACAGACAAUGCAGAAUCUUAACGACCGCUUUGCUACGUAUCUGGACAGAGUCAAACAGUUAGAGGCAGCAAAUGUUGAUCUUGAAAAAAAGAUUAAGGAAUUCUUAGACAAGCAAAGAGCUGGUAGCACCACAGGGGAAGGAAAAGACUACUCACCCUACUUUAAGACCAUUGAAGAUCUAAAGGCUAAAAUUAUUGUAGCCUUCAACAACAAUAAUACCAUAGUCUUGCAGAUCGACAACGCCAGAUUGGCAGCAGAUGAUUUCAAGCUGAAGUACGAAAAUGAGCUUACUCUGCGCAGAGCUGUAGAAGCUGACAUUGUCGGCCUACGCAAAAUAUUGGAUGACCUGACCCUGUCCAAAUCUGACAUGGAAUCUCAGGUUGAAAGCCUUGUUCAAGAAAUUGCUCUUACUAAGAAGAACCAUGAUGAGGAGGUUAAAGGAGGCCAACAAACAACUGUUGGUGAUGUCAGCGUAGAAAUGAAUGCUGCUCCAGGAAGUGAUCUGCUAAAGAAAAUGAAUGAUAUGCGAGAGCAGUAUGAGGCUCUGGCUGAGAAGAAUCGCAAGGAAGCAGAAGAACAAUUCAAGAAGGCGAGUGAAGGUUUGCAGAAGCAAAUACAAGUUGUAGUAACAGAAGAGAAGACCACCAAGAGUGAGGUUUCUGAAUUGAAGAAGACACUUCAAGCCUUGGAGAUUGAGCUUCAGUCACAACUUGCAAUGAAAAAAUCUCUUGAAGAAACCUUAGCACAAACAGAAGGACAAUACUGCGCAAAGAUUGCCCAGAUCCAGAUGCGCAUUACCGCUGUUGAGGAGCAACUAACACAGAUCAGGUCAGAGAUGGAGUGCCAGACUGCUGAAUAUGAAGAUCUGCUGGACAUCAAGACAAAAUUAGAGGCCGAGAUUGCAACAUACCAAAAACUCAUGGAUGGCAGGUAAGAAAUUGCAUUGCAA